AUGGUAGACGAAAAGGUUGUAUUGGCAUUGAAGGACAUCGCCUACGGUAGCGCCGCAGGAAUGGUCUCAAAGGUUUUCGAACACCCUUUCGACUUGUGCAAGGUUCGCCUGCAGGCUCAAGUACUCGACACUACUGCUCGGUUUGCGGGACCUAUAGAUUGCCUCUACAAGACGUGGAAAUUCGAAGGGAUACGCGGCCUAUAUCGGGGCCUGCCGAUGCCAAUAGUCGGGGCGAUGGCAGAGAAUGCCAGCCUUUUCCUUGCGUACAACAAAAUCCAGGACACCCUUCUCCAAUAUCCCCAUUUCAGGCCGAGUACGAACCAUAAAGUUACAUUGGAUGGGAUCGCCAUUGCUGGAGGAGGCGCUGGGACCGUCGCGAGCUUCUUACUUACACCUAUCGAGCUAAUAAAAUGCAAAAUGCAAGUACAGAUGAUUGCGGCCGAAGCAAGAGCAACGCCGGUUCUUGCAGCAACGGGGGCCGCGGGUUCCAUGACUGCUGCACUCCCCCGACCAUCCUUCAGUCAAUUAGAAGGCCCUGUAUCACUCGUUGCUUCAGUUGUUAAAUCACACGGGGUUCGUGGGCUCUGGCUUGGUCACACAGGAACCAUGAUACGCGAAACCGGUGGAGGCGCGCAUGGUUUACAACCAAAGAAGCAAUCUGCCGUUGGCUGGCACCAGACCCUCGCGACCUCGCACUACAUCAAUCAGCUUUUGCAGUCGGCUGUUCAAACUGAAGAAGAGCUGCGGCCUAGGUCCUUGGGUCAACCAAGGCCAACAUUCUUAGGAACUGCUCGGGCUAUUUGGAAAGCACAGGGUGUCCGAGGCUUUUAUGCUGGCAUGGGCGUUACUGUAGCCCGAGCUAUUCCUAGCAGUGCCAUUAUCUUCGUAACAUACGAUGGUUUGGUAAAAUACUUUGGAUGA